CAGAUUUUAACCUCAAUUCCGUCAAAUAACUGUUUAGUUAACAUGGUGUGUUUUACAGCAUUUCAAAUUUAUGCAAAACUUGACUUGCUCGUAUUUGGAUAAAAACCCUGAAAUGUGCUCAAGCUAUUCUUGACGACUUUUACGAAGUAACUCUGUCCCUUUUCUAUUCACAGAGUAUAGCGGUGCAUCCUUCCCAGUUGAUGUGGCGAGGACGUCAAAUGGCCUCCUCAUGAUAAGGGAACCUUGGUAAAGAAGAGCAGAUGCUUGAGGGAGAGCAGAGUUUUUUUAUUUUCACACGGGGGAAAGGGGAUGAAAUGGAUGAAAGAGUGGCCCACAUUAAAGAAGAGGACUGUGAGUGGGGCACACCGGAGAAGUUGCUUGUGAAAGAGGAGGAUUACGAAAGAAGAAUUUCCGGCUGCAAAGAGGAGGAGGAGGAGGAGGAGGAGGCUGCUGACAUUAAAGUUGAGGAUUCUGAAGGUCUCUCUGUUAGUCUCGAACUACAAAAGUAUGAAACUGGGAAUGUUUUCAAGCUAGACAUUUGCGAGGAAUCUCAUUCCGCUUUACAGCCCUGGUUGUCUAAUAAGGGACAACUGUCUACCCAGCAGGAUUUGGUGAAAGGGAAAUCCAAGUUUCCGGAGUCUGCAGAAGCAAUCAAGGAAGGAAACGGGACAGAAGCAGAAGAGCAGCGGGUGUCCGGGAGUGCAGGAACACGUUUUGAGGAGAAUGGCAGCUUCCCCACGCCUUCAUUUGGUCAGACCCCUCUCCAGUACAGACUGCAACAUCAACAGGAAAAUGAGAAGAUGAAGAAGUCAACAAGAGGAUCAGAAAAUUUGACAGCAGCCUCUUUACAGUGCAGUUCUCCUACUGCUGCCCCACAAGCACAGGUAGAAGCCAUCAACACUGAACAACAACAAAUGCAGAAGCCUGUUGGAAUUCAACCUGGACAGAAACCUUACUGUUGCUCUGAAUGUGGCAAGCGAUUUUCACACAGCAGUAAUUUUAACACACAUAAAAGAAGUCAUACUGGAGAGAAACCUUACUGCUGUUCUGAAUGUGGGAAACGAUUUUCACACAGCAGCAAUCUUCAUAAUCAUAAAAGAAUCCAUAGUGGAGAGAAACCUUUUGCUUGUUCUGAGUGUGGCAAACGCUUCUCACAAGUAAGCCAUCUACAGGCCCACACGAGAAUCCACACUGGAGAAAAACCUUAUAACUGUUCUGAAUGUGGCAAGCGGUUCUCACAAGUAAGCAACCUUCAGGCCCAUACAAGAACCCACACUGGAAUAAAACUUGCUGCUGUCCUGAAUGUGGCAAACGAUUCACCCAAAAUAGCUCUGUUAAGCAACACACAUGAAUACACCCUGGAGUGAGGUUCACUCUUACCUUGACAGUGUUCACAUCAAGAAAAGUCAUCUGACAGUACAAAAUGUGGGAAAAGUCUUUUUUAAAAAUAAGAGUUGCUGCUUUUUGUGAAUUGGGGUCAGAAGAUGAUGGUGAUGGUAAUGAUUAUAUUGAUGAAAACAUAGUGGGAAAAAAAAACAAGGGCAUUUGGGGGUCUCAAGAACACAUUGGAGGAGGAGGUGAAGCGCCAUGCUGUCAUAACAUCUAAAGUUUUCUUACUGAGGGACCCUUUGGAAGUAGUCAUCCACAGCUCUGGAUGUCGAAAUGGGGUGUCCUACUCCUGAGGUGUUGCCAGGAGGGCAUUACAGGAAGCCAGUGCUGGCCAGUUUCUCCAGUGCAAGCCUUUUUUAUGUCACUGCCAGCAAUGCCUCAUUGGGCAUUUUGAACUUGGACUGGUGCUGGGUCUCAGGUCCACAGGACAGAUGUCACCAGUUUGUCCUCCAGCGGUACUCAAAGUUAGAAGAGGAGAAAUACAAACACUUCUUUGCUUUAAGGGCUGGAGCUCACUGAGAAAGUCUGCCACCCUCUUCCUUAUGGAGCCCAACACCCACUACGUCUCCUCCUCACCUCACUCUUCAAUUAUCAAAUGGACAGACAAAAAGAGAAAGUUUGGGCCAAAUCACCUCCUUGUCCAUAGGCCGAAUGCCCACUCGGCCAAGCUGGCCUGGCAUUGGAGCUUCUCCUGUAUUGGCCGGAGCACACCAUGUCCUUCCAUCAGCUCAUGCAGUCUGCCCUGCCUCAAAGUGGGAGGUCCACAGCUGGAACUACUUUGCCAAGAAGACUGUCUCUACCCUCUAUGCCCCUGUGGCCAGCACUGUGUCUCUGUCCCGUACCUCGACGUCACUACUUGCCAUGGAGUGCUCAUUGCCACAAGCUAUGCCCAGCAAUACUCCAUUAGUUUCACAUCUCGCUGGGUGAAUUUAUUGAGUGCUGGUGAGGAUGUAACCAAAGAGAUAUCUUCAGAACUGGUGGUGCCACCAUGAGGGUGCAACCCUGUUUUCAGGAGCGAAAUUUACCUCUUCAUCCUCCUAUUCUCGCUCAAGGCCCCAAUUACACCCAUGCCAAUGCAUUCUGGUGCCUACAGUAUUUAUUCACUCACUUGGUUGUGAAGAGCCACGUGGCUGUGGAACUCCUCUGCUGCUCCCAAGCUCAAAUUCAGUAGUGGAUUACGCUCUGCCAUCUCUGUGCCAGCCAUGUGGUCAAGUGACAAUGACCCCAGCCUGCUCUCAGCCGAUAGGACUCCCAUGGCAUGCUUCUCCGCCGCUCUCAUCCUCGUAAUACAGACAUUCUUGAUGACGCGCCACUUGACAACGUGAUGCUUCUGGCCAGGAUUGGGUGUGCCGUCUUUUGCAUGCCCCCACUCCCUCGAGCCUGCAGAGCUCUGGCCAGCCUGCAAAGGUGACAUGCUUUAUAGGGGGACAGACAGAUGUGUGACCAGCCCAGCCACCGGCAUUCCAUUUUAUGUAUACUUGAGCACCUCUAUGAAUGAUUUAAGGCAGUCAGUGACAACUGGCUUGAGCAGGGCGGCUGGGUCGGGGUUGUGAGCUGCUUUGCUCGCAAAAAAUGGCAGCUGAUGAUGGAUUUGUGUGGCAUGCAAGCCAAUGUUAGAGAAAAAAAUGUUUCUGUAAAUAACAAAUAGUUUUGAGUCGUCAUUACAAAUUGAAUUCACAAUGGACGUCCUUCAUUGCAGCUGGCCACUGGAGCCAUGCCAUGGGACCUGCAGAGGUCUCUGUAUAGCAGGACUGGUUAGUCUUAAGAGAACGGCCCCUUUUAUCAUGCAGUUCAUUUGCUUAUGACAGUGAGGAAGCAUUUCAAUUACACCAAUCAGCACACAGAUAAACAACACAUUCCUUAAACAUCCCCAGGCCACAAACGCUUC